AUGCUUCGGUUAAUCGAUUACAAAGUGCUCAUCUAUAAAUCGGCUUUCGUUUUUUCUCUGUUACCUGAGGUCAUUCGCCUUUGGUGGUCGGAGGGGUUGAGGCGCUGGCCGUGGCCGUUCUCGGCAGUCGCCGGCAAGGCAGUCGUUCUGUCAGCGCUCCGACAGGGCCGCCCGGAGCGGUGCGUGACGCCAUCCAUCGCCCCGACGGAUCUGCCUGGCGACGCGGGCGAUGCAGUGUGCGGCGGCAAGAGGCGGUUGGUUGGCCGGAGUGAGCCGGCCGUCGUCAUCUUUUGGCGAACAGCCAACACAUGGGGGCAUCACACGGCCGUGUCCCGCCUAGGACAACCUCAGGCAGAGGUUCACAAACGAUACUAA